UGCUUUUAAACUUGUAAUAAAUGUUAAUUUAACUGUCCUUUAUAUGCGUUUCUAGGGAUGGUUGCCACUAGAGAAAAUUUACGAGGUCCUUGAUAACAUAUCGUGACAAAGUGUUCAUUUCUUUCUCUCAAACGCUGCUUUCCUAACGUUUUUAACAGAAUUAUGAAAAACGACAUUUCAUUGAUUUAAAGAUAGUCGCUUAGAGUCUAUUUUCUUAAAUGUCUUUUGAAACUUAUAAUAAAUGUCAAUUUAAGUCUCCAUUACAUGUGCUUGAAAAUUGAACACUCGUUACGGUAUUAAAAAUCGAGGUAUUCAACGUUAAAGUUUGAAAUGGAAUACCUAUAUAAAGUUUGUUCAAAAGAUAUUUCUUAAGAAUGGUAAUAAAAAAAGCAACUCAAUUUCUUCCUAGUUACUCGAUUCUUUCAAGCUACUUGGUUCUUUUGAAUUAUUCAAUUUUUCCGAGAUCGAAUAAAAAAACCGCGUCUCUGUUCAGUUUGAAUUUCAAGCUGCUCGAAUAUUCAAAAAGCAGUUGAAAGCAUUUAUUGAUAACAAAACAAAAUACAUUAACAUCGUUUAUGAACAACAAAAUGCGUGGCGGACGUAUAUAAAAAUUAAAAAUGGCACAAUAUCCGGAAAUCGGUGGGGAGAAGGGAGAAGAAGAAGUAAAUCCAUUAGGGGUAGGAGUUUCCCUUUUUAUCAUUAUAAAAGUCUCUUUUAUUAACCUAAAUGGUGAUUCGGCGAGUCGUUUUAUUCGUUGGAUCUACGUUGAACAAUCUAUAUGCGUUCCAGUGAGAAAUCAGCCAAAUGGCUGGAAAAUCUUCUUUUUAAAAACGACAGCUGAUCUAUUGGAUGGUUUCAUGAUAGAAAGAAUUUUUAAUUUUCUUCAAAUUAAAAAAUAUCAGGUUUUUUAUUAUAACUUGAUGUUAUAUUUGAUGAAUUGCAUUAGCUGCAUUCGACGCUUUAUGAAACGACUGUAGUUGUACGAAGGUCAGCGGAAUGAUAAGGGUGACAGACACGGCCAAGGGAAAGCUUUGCUCCCGAACGGAGACAUGUACGUUGGCCAGUAUUGCAAAGGAUUGAGGCACGGCCGCGGAUUGUACGUCUUUAAAAUCGGUGCUCGUUACGACGGCGAGUGGAGGCAGGGUGUCAAAUAUGGCCAAGGAACCUUUUGGUAUCCUGAUGGAACGCGAUACGAAGGCGAGUGGAAACGCGACACGAAGUACGGUUUCGGCGUGUACUAUUAUAUAAACGGAGACGUUUAUGAAGGUUCUUGGCGGAAGAAUCUUCGCCAUGGGAUGGGUUCAUACUCUUACGCAGACACGAACACGAAAUUCAUGGGUACGUGGAUCAAAGAUCGUAUGCAAGGUCCUGGACAAUUGAUCCACCCUCGGCAUAGAUUUCACGGACAUUGGGAACUGAAUUUACCUUAUGGUCGAGGAUGCUUCACGUUCGAGAAUGCUUGCAUGCUACACGGACACUACGUACACCUGAAGGAUCCCGACUACGAUGAGACAAAAGAAGUUCCCGAAGAAGUCCCAGAAACUGAGAUCGCGGGAAGAAAAGGUGAAGGCGCAGAAGACGAACUAGAGGACGUUGAUGCUGUAGUCGCGAAGUCGGAAGAACCACAACCUGUACCAUUCGAGCCACCCCCUUUGAGGAGAGGCGUCAUCGCGUUCUGGCGUGCACGUUGCAUUACGCCUUACAAUCCUGAUUUAUUGCCGCCGGAACCUGUACCUCUGCAAGAAGAGGUGUCCGUAGAUUCUCUGCUUGAUAAAUGCUCGGAAGAGUCGCUAAUAGUACCGGAACAGUACUUGAGGUACGAGGGCGAGUACGAGGGUGAAGGCGCUGGCUAUUAUGACGAUAACGAUUACCCUAUGCCGUCUAUUGGAGCAAUUUAAUUAAAGAAAUGAACGUAGUAUAAAGUAUCCUUCCUGUAGUCCCUCUGCGGUAAGUACACUUAUUAGAAGAUGAUAAUGAACCUAUACGAACUUGGAAUUUGAUUUUAUAAUAAAGAGACCAUCGAAACUUUGCAAAAAUAAAUGUCAUCUCGUUUUUCAUAAUAAUAAAUGUAAUUAUGCCACAGCCUAACAAAAUAUUUUAUUAGGAAGGGAAUUGCGAAACAACUGCAGCCAAACGUUUGGUACAAUUAAAAAUAAAGAUAUAUAAAACUAAUUUAUAAAUACAAUACAAAACUUAUAAGAUAUGAUUCGAUUACACGUUGCGUAUAAUUGCACAUACGAUGUAGUAUGAGUAUUUCAUGGUUGGGCAAAAAGACGUCAUGUUUUUAAGCAGUUUAUUAGGAAAUUAUAAUAACAAGUGUGCGUAUGUGCCCAUAAUAUUAGACAAUAUAGAAGAAUGUA